GCGGCGGCGCCACCUGCAGUAGCGUUCGCUGGAACAUGGCGACACGGAGCAGCAGGAGGGAGUCGCGACUCCCCUUCCUAUUCACCCUGGUCGCGCUGCUGCCGCCCUGGGCUCUCUGCGAGGUCUGGACGCAGAGGCUGCACUGCGACCGCGCGCCCUUGCCCCAGGACCGGGGCUUCCUCGUGGUGCAGGGCGACCCGCGCGAGCUGCGGCUGUGGGCGCGCGGGGAUGCCAGCGGGGCGAGCCGCGCCGACGAGAAGCCGCUCCGGAGGAGACGGAGCGCUGCCCUGCAGCAGCCCGAGCCCAUCAAGGUGUACGGACAGGUUAGUCUGAAUGAUUCCCACAAUCAGAUGGUGGUGCACUGGGCCGGAGAGAAAAGCAACGUGAUCGUGGCCUUGGCCCGAGAUAGCCUGGCGCUGGCAAGGCCCAAGAGCAGUGAUGUGUAUGUGUCUUAUGACUAUGGAAAAUCAUUCAAGAAAAUUUCAGAGAAGCUGAACUUUGGUGUGGGAAACAGCAGCGAAGCCGUGAUUGCCCAGUUCUACCACAGUCCUGCGGACAACAAACGGUACAUCUUUGCCGACGCUUAUGCCCAGUACCUCUGGAUCACGUUUGACUUCUGCAACACUGUCCAAGGCUUUUCUAUCCCAUUCCGGGCUGCUGACCUCCUCCUCCAUAGUAAAGCCUCCAACCUUCUCCUGGGCUUCGAUCGGUCUCACCCCAACAAACAGCUAUGGAAGUCGGAUGAUUUUGGCCAGACCUGGAUCAUGAUUCAGGAACACGUGAAGUCCUUUUCUUGGGGAAUCGAUCCCUAUGACAAGCCAAAUACCAUCUACAUUGAACGGCACGAACCCUCCGGCUACUCCACCGUUUUCCGAAGCACAGACUUCUUCCAGUCUCGGGAAAACCAGGAAGUGAUCCUGGAGGAAGUGAGAGACUUUCAGCUUCGGGACAAGUACAUGUUUGCCACAAAGGUGGCGCAUCUCUUGGGCGGCCAGCAACAGCCUUCUGUCCAGCUCUGGGUCUCCUUUGGCCGGAAGCCCAUGCGAGCAGCCCAGUUUGUCACAAGGCAUCCCAUUAAUGAAUAUUACAUCGCAGAUGCCUCCGAGGACCAGGUCUUUGUGUGUGUCAGUCACAGUAACAACCGCACCAAUUUGUACAUCUCAGAGGCGGAAGGGCUGAAAUUCUCCCUGUCCUUGGAGAAUGUGCUUUAUUACAGCCCAGGAGGUGCUGGAAGUGAUACCUUGGUGAGGUAUUUUGCAAAUGAACCAUUUGCUGACUUCCACCGGGUGGAAGGGUUACAAGGCGUCUACAUUGCUACUCUGAUUAAUGGUUCUAUGAAUGAAGAAAACAUGAGAUCAGUGAUCACCUUUGACAAAGGGGGAACCUGGGAGUUUCUUCAAGCUCCAGCCUUCACAGGAUAUGGAGAGAAAAUCAAUUGUGAGCUUUCCCAGGGCUGUUCCCUCCACCUGGCCCAGCGCCUCAGUCAGCUGCUCAACCUCCAGCUCCGGAGAAUGCCCAUCCUAUCCAAGGAGUCGGCUCCGGGCCUCAUCAUUGCCACUGGCUCAGUGGGGAAGAACUUGGCCAGCAAGACGAACGUGUACAUCUCUAGCAGUGCUGGAGCCAGGUGGCGAGAGGCACUUCCUGGACCUCACUAUUAUACAUGGGGGGACCACGGAGGCAUCAUCAUGGCCAUUGCCCAGGGCACAGAGACUAACGAGCUGAAAUACAGUACCAACGAAGGGGAGACCUGGAAAUCGUUCAUCUUCUCUGAGAAGCCAUUGUUUGUGUACGGCCUCCUCACUGAACCUGGGGAGAAGAGCACCGUCUUCACCAUCUUUGGCUCAAACAAAGAGAAUGUCCACAGCUGGUUGAUCCUCCAGGUCAAUGCCACGGAUGCCUUGGGGGUCCCCUGCACAGAGAACGACUACAAGCUGUGGUCCCCAUCUGAUGAGCGGGGAAAUGAGUGCUUGCUGGGACACAAGACUGUUUUCAAACGGAGGACCCCCCACGCGACGUGCUUCAACGGAGAAGACUUCGACAGGCCAGUCAUUGUGUCCAACUGCUCCUGCACCCGGGAGGACUAUGAAUGUGACUUCGGUUUCAAGAUGAGUGAAGAUUUGUCAUUAGAGGUUUGUGUUCCAGAUCCAGAGUUCUCUGGGAAGUCAUACUCCCCUCCCGUGCCUUGUCCUGUAGGCUCUACUUACAGGAGAACCAGAGGCUACCGGAAGAUUUCCGGGGACACUUGUAGCGGAGGAGACGUUGAGGCACGGCUGGAAGGAGAGCUGGUGCCCUGUCCGCUGGCAGAGGAGAAUGAGUUCAUUCUGUACGCCAUGCGCAAGUCCAUCCACCGCUACGACCUGGCCUCGGGAGCCACCGAGCAGCUGCCUCUCAGCGGGCUGCGGGCAGCAGUGGCCCUGGACUUCGACUAUGAACGCAACUGCUUGUAUUGGUCUGACCUGGCCUUGGACAUCAUCCAGGUAGAAGCUUUGGCUUUUGAACCCCUCAGCCAGUUACUGUACUGGGUGGAUGCUGGUUUUAAAAAGAUUGAGGUAGCUAAUCCAGAUGGUGACUUCCGACUCACAAUCGUCAAUUCCUCUGUACUCGAUCGGCCCAGGGCUCUGGUCCUUGUGCCCCAAGAAGGGGUGAUGUUCUGGACGGACUGGGGAGACCUGAAGCCUGGGAUUUAUCGGAGCGACAUGGAUGGUUCUGCCGCCCAUCGUCUGGUGUCUGAGGAUGUGAAGUGGCCCAAUGGCAUCUCUGUGGAUGACCAGUGGAUCUACUGGACAGAUGCCUACCUGGACUGCAUUGAGCGGAUCACUUUCAGUGGCCAGCAGCGCUCGGUCAUCCUGGACAACCUCCCGCACCCUUAUGCCAUUGCUGUGUUUAAGAAUGAAAUCUACUGGGAUGACUGGUCACAGCUUAGCAUAUUCCGCGCUUCCAAAUACAACGGGGCCCAGAUGGAGAUUCUGGCCAGCCAGCUCACGGGGCUGAUGGACAUGAAGAUUUUCUACAAGGGAAAGAACACCGGAAGCAAUGCCUGUGUGCCCAGGCCCUGCAGCCUGCUGUGCCUGCCCAAAGCCAACAACAGUAGAAGCUGCCGGUGUCCAGAGGGUGUGUCCAGCAGUGUGCUGCCUUCUGGGGACCUCAUGUGUGACUGCCCUCGGGGCUAUCAGCUGAAGAACAACACUUGUGUCAAAGAAGAGAACACCUGUCUCCGUAACCAGUAUCGCUGCAGCAACGGGAACUGCAUCAACAGCAUCUGGUGGUGUGACUUCGACAAUGACUGUGGGGACAUGAGUGACGAGAGGAACUGCCCUACCACCAUCUGUGAUCUGGACACCCAGUUUCGUUGCCAGGAGUCUGGGACUUGCAUCCCGUUGUCCUACAAAUGUGACCUUGAGGAUGACUGUGGGGACAACAGUGAUGAGAGUCACUGUGAAAUGCACCAGUGCCGGAGGGACGAGUACAACUGCAGCUCCGGCAUGUGCAUCCGCUCCUCCUGGGUGUGCGACGGGGACAACGACUGCAGGGACUGGUCUGACGAGGCCAACUGCACAGCCAUCUAUCACACCUGCGAGGCCUCCAACUUCCAGUGUCACAAUGGACACUGCAUCCCCCAGCGGUGGGCGUGUGAUGGUGACACAGACUGCCAGGAUGGUUCCGAUGAGGAUCCAGUCAACUGUGAGAAGAAGUGCAAUGGGUUCCGCUGCCCCAAUGGCACGUGCAUCCCGUCCAGCAAACACUGCGACGGCCUGCAUGACUGCUCGGACGGCUCGGAUGAGCAGCACUGCGAGCCCCUCUGCACGCGCUUCAUGGACUUCGUGUGUAAGAACCGCCAGCAGUGUCUGUUCCACUCCAUGGUGUGUGACGGGAUUGUCCAGUGCCGUGAUGGUUCAGAUGAGGAUGCUGCGUUUGCAGGAUGCUCUCAAGACCCCGAGUUCCAUAAGGUUUGUGAUGAGUUCGGUUUCCAGUGUCAGAACGGGGUGUGCAUCAGUUUGAUUUGGAAGUGCGAUGGGAUGGAUGACUGCGGGGACUACUCUGAUGAAGCCAACUGUGAAAACCCCACAGAAGCCCCGAACUGCUCCCGCUACUUCCAGUUCCUGUGCGAGAAUGGCCACUGCAUCCCCAACAGGUGGAAAUGUGACCGGGAGAACGACUGUGGGGACUGGUCCGACGAGAAGGACUGCGGAGAUUCACAUAUUCUUCCUUCCCCAACUCCUGGGCCCUCCACGUGUCUGCCCAAUUACUACCGCUGCAGCAGCGGGACCUGCGUGAUGGACGCCUGGGUGUGCGAUGGGUACCGAGAUUGUGCAGACGGCUCGGACGAGGAAGCCUGCCCCUCGCUGGCAAAUGUCACUUCCGCCUCCACUCCCACCCAGCCUGGGCGAUGUAACCGAUUUGAGUUUGAGUGCCAGCAGCCAAAGAAGUGUCUCCCCAACUGGAAGCGCUGUGACGGCCACCGAGAUUGCCAGGAUGGUCGGGACGAGGACAGUUGCCCCACACAUAGCACGUUGACCUGUAUGAGCAGGGAGUUCAAGUGUGAGGAUGGCGAGGCCUGCAUUGUGCUGUCAGAGCGCUGUGAUGGCUUCCUGGACUGCUCGGAUGAGAGCGACGAGAGGGCCUGCAGUGAUGAGUUAACUGUAUACAAAGUACAGAAUCUUCAGUGGACAGCUGACUUCUCUGGGGAUGUGACUUUGACCUGGAUGAAGCCCAAGAAAAUGCCUUCUGCUUCUUGUGUAUAUAACGUCUACUACAGGGUGGUUGGAGAAAGCAUAUGGAAGACUCUGGAGACCCACAGCAAUAAAACAAACACUGUAUUAAAAGUCUUGAAACCAGACACCACGUAUCAGGUUAAAGUGCAGGUUCAAUGUCUGAGCAAGGCACACAACACCAAUGACUUUGUGACCCUGAGGACUCCAGAAGGAUUGCCAGAUGCCCCUCGAAAUCUCCAGUUGUCACUCCACAGGGAAGCAGAAGGUGUGAUUGUGGGCCACUGGACUCCUCCCCUCCACACCCACGGCCUCAUCCGUGAGUACAUUGUAGAAUACAGCCGGAGCGGUUCCAAGAUGUGGGCCUCCCAGAGGGCUGCUAGUAACUUUACAGAAAUAAAGAACUUACUGGUCAACGCCCUGUACAGCGUCAGAGUGGCUGCGGUGACUAGUCGCGGAAUAGGAAACUGGAGCGAUUCUAAGAGCAUCACCACCAUAAAAGGAAAAGUAAUCCCACCACCAGAUAUCCACAUUGACAGCUACGGCGAAAACUCCCUGAGCUUUACCCUGACCAUGGACGGUGACAUCAAGGUGAAUGGCUAUGUGGUCAACCUUUUCUGGGCAUUUGACACCCACAAACAAGAGAAGAGAACUAUGAACUUCCGAGGGAGCAUAUUGUCACAUAAAGUUGGCAAUCUGACAGCGCAUACAGCCUAUGAGAUUUCCGCCUGGGCCAAGACGGACUUGGGGGAUAGUCCUCUGGCAUUUGAGCAUGUCACGACGAGAGGGGUUCGCCCACCUGCUCCUAGCCUCAAAGCCAAGGCCGUCAAUCAGACUGCAGUGGAAUGCACCUGGACUGGCCCCCGGAAUGUGGUUUACGGGAUUUUCUAUGCCACAUCCUUCCUUGACCUUUAUCGCAACCCCAAGAGCCUGACCACUUCACUCCACAACAAGACGGUCAUCGUCAGUAAGGAUGAGCAGUAUUUGUUUCUGGUCCGGGUGGUGGUGCCCUACCUAGGGCCAUCGUCGGAUUAUGUUGUAGUGAAGAUGAUCCCGGACAGCAGGCUUCCUCCCCGGCACCUGCACGUGGUCCGAACGGGCAAAACCUCCGCCGUCAUCAAGUGGGAGUCACCCUAUGACUCUCCUGACCAGGACUUGUUAUAUGCAAUUACAGUUAAAGACCUAAUAAGAAAGACCGACAGGAGCUACAAAGUAAAAUCCUCCAACAGUACAGUGGAAUACACCCUGAACAAGCUGGAGCCUGGGGGCAAGUACCAUGUCAUCGUCCAGCUGGGGAACAUGAGCAAAGAUUCCAGCAUCAAAGUCACCACAGUUUCAUUAUCAGCACCUGAUGCCUUAAAAAUCAUAACAGAAAAUGACCAUGUUCUUCUGUUUUGGAAAAGUCUAGCUUUAAAGGAAAAGCAUUUUAAUGAAAGCAGGGGCUAUGAAAUACGCAUGUUCGAUAGUGCCAUGAACAUCACAGCUUACUUGGGGAAUACUACUGACAAUUUCUUUAAAAUUUCCAACCUGAAGAUGGGUCAUAAUUACAGCUUCACUGUCCAAGCAAGAUGCCUUUUUGGCAGCCAGAUCUGUGGGGAGCCUGCCGUUCUGCUCUAUGACGAACUGGGGUCUGGUGGAGAUGCAUCGGCGAUUCAGGCUGCCAGAUCUACGGAUGUUGCCGCGGUGGUGGUGCCCAUUUUGUUCCUGAUUCUGCUAAGCCUGGGGGUCGGGUUUGCCAUCCUGUACACAAAGCACCGGAGGCUACAGAGCAGCUUCACUGCUUUUGCCAACAGCCACUACAGCUCCAGGCUGGGCUCAGCUAUCUUCUCCUCUGGGGAUGACCUGGGGGAAGAUGAUGAAGACGCUCCCAUGAUAACUGGAUUUUCAGAUGACGUCCCCAUGGUGAUAGCCUGAAAGAGCUUUCCUCACUAGAAACCAAAUGGUGUAAAUAUUUUAUUUGAUAAAGAUAGUUGAUGGUUUAUUUUAAAAGAUGCACUUUGAGUUGCAAUAUGUUAUUUUUAUAUGGGCCAAAAACAAAAAAUAGGGGGGGAAAAAAAGGAAAGAAAGGAAUGAAUAAACUUUGUAGUCAUCAACUGUGAA